AUGUCGUCAAUGUCUAGAUUUGCUGAUGCAGAAGGGAAAACAAAGUUGGAAAUAUUCGAUCCAGAAAAGGGAAUCGUAAUUUCCCUAUAUUUAACUCUGGAAGAAUAUCACCGGGCAAAUGCAGAUAUGAGCUAUGCUACGGAACUACUCAAUAUUUAUGAAGAUAUUAUGAACAGGGAAACGCAAAGAGUUUCAGCAGAGACUAUCCCACAAGAACAAUCUCACAGUGGUAGCCAAAGCUCAAGCCAGAAUGAAGAUGGAUUUUGGUCACAUGGAGAGACACAGUUGCUCAUCAAUUUAUACGGCCAGCACAAGGACGAAUUUACAAAUGCAAAAAAAAAAACAUGUAGAUCUGCUGCAAAGAUAGAACGAAAAUGGAUCAAUUUACUUAGAGUAUACAGAUCCAUAAAGGACAACAAAGGUGUAAAAAAAUCUGGUAGAGGUGCCCAAAAUUAUAAAUUUUUUGAUGCUCUUGAUGAAAUUUUGGGAGACAAGCCAUCUAACAGUAACACUUUUUGCAUUGAAGUUGGGGUAAAUAAGGAUCAACCCAACUCUGACCAAGAAAGUCCCAUUAACUACCCCCCAGAGGGUGUGCCUUCAACCUCAAAUCAGACCCCAGUUUCAAAUACCAGUUCUUGCUCAGAAUCAUUGCGCGAGACACCUCCCCUUAGGAACAAAAGGAAAUCAAAAUCAGAGAGUCAAUCAGAAAAUUACUUACAGGCCAAAAUGAAAAGACAUGAAGACAGAAUGAGAAUUGAGCACCAAAAAUUACAACUUGAAAAGGAUAAAGUAGAUCUGCUGAAGAAGAUUCUGGCAUCUCAGCAAAUAAAAAAUGAUUAG